UGCUGUUGCGGAGAUACGGGGAGCUUGUUCGUUUUGUCAAAGCAAUCACUUCCAUUAUAAAGGAGCUAAGUAUCAAUAACUUUUGCUUAUUUGAUUUUUCUUUGUUUUUGAUUAUUGCACCCAACACUUAUUCCUAGUAGUCUUUCAUGUUGUUUUUAAUGAGCCUCGUGGAGCUUAUGGUGCGAGAAUUGGCGGUAGCAUUUCUGAUGCUCCAGAUACGGAUCUGGCUCUAGACGCGGAUACGGCUUCAGAUAUAACUCAGGCUUCAGAUAUGACUCCCGCUUUGGAGACACCAUUGACAGCGGGUGGAGUGUGUAAAACUAUGGUCACAAGAGCAGGUUACAAAUGCCAGGAAAUCACUGUGACAACCGAGGAUGGUUAUAUUCUUUCCCUUCAAAGGGGCAACAGCGCUAAAAGUAAUGUAAAGACAAAAGAACCAGCCUUCUUGCAGCACGGGUUAUUUAUGGACGGAGCGUCAUGGUUUCUAGAUUCACCGAAAGAAUCUCUAGGAUUCAUACUAGCUGAUAAUGGUUAUGAUGUUUGAGUCGGUAACACCAGAGGAACGAGAUACAGUCGUGGUCAUACUAAACUUAAUUCAAUUUUACCUCAAUUCUGGGAUUAUUCGUGGGAUGAAAUGGCACAAUAUGAUCUUCCAGCUUAUAUUAAUUUCGUUUACAAACAAACUAAGAAGGAGAUUAACUACAUUGGACAUUCCCAGGGAACAAUUAUAGCACUCGCAUCAUUCUCUCUGGGGCGUGAAAGUACUAGUGAAAUUGUUUCCAAGCUGAAAGCAGCUGCAGUGCUCAGCCCCGUUGCUUAUUUGAGCAAUAUGCUCAACGAAAUGAGUCGGGUUGAGUUUGCAAGCAGCAAUCCAAUGGCCGAAGUCAAUACUGCGGACCAACGUACCGCCGCCUAUCUCGGGGGUAUUUGCAAAUCUGUACAGGGGAUGAAUUGUUUUGACAUGGUAUCGAGUUUUACAGGAAAAAAUUGCUGCCUCAAUGCAACGUCUUUUGAUAAAUUCAUUGCAAAUUCACCUCAAUCGACUUCAGCGAAGAACAGCAUGCAUUUAGCUCAAACGAAUUCAGGGAAAUUUACGAAAUACGAUUACGGGAUCGGCAACAUGCUAAAAUAUGGACAGACAACGCCACCUCUUAUCCUUUAACUGACAUUCCUAAGGAUCUUCCAAUUUUCAUAAGUUACGGAGUCAAUGAUGCACUAGCCGACCCGCAGGACGUCGAACAUUUACUGAGUGGUAUGGAUCAUCCUAAAAAUAAACUUGAAGUUCAAAAGAUUGAGAACUACGGUCAUCUUGAUUUUAUCAUCGCUACUAAUGGUAAUCGUAUCGUUUUCAAGCCUAUGAUCGCAUUCCUCGAGCGUCGAAAAUAAUUCAGCAAUUUGUCCGCUUGCUUGUUAUUCAUUGUUAUGUCAGUUACGGGUUAUAAAUAACACAAAAUUGGUUAAAAAGACCAAAAUCAAUAAUUUUGGGGUAAAAAGGACAGUUAGAUUUUGAUACUGUUUAAAUGGCCAAAAAUUAUUUUGAUACUGCUUAAAUGGCCAAAAGUUUAAAAAUAGUCAAGAUGUAACCGGUUUCAUCCUGCCAAUUUUCAAAUAUUUUUUCUUAUUUUUAAUUUACACAGGAUGUAUCCAGUUUCACCUUGGUAUUUUUUAAGUUUAAGCUAGGAUGAAUCCAGUUUCAUCCUUGCUAAUUUUUUUUUGUCCAUUUCACCCAAACUAUUUUUUACUCAUCCAUUUAAACCGUGAUUUAAAAAUAUUUGGACAAAUGACCCAUUUUCCGUAGAAAUAAUCCAGUUGGCUUGUAUUAGGAGAUAUGUAUUUAUUGUGUAUAUUGUACAUAUGGUUACAUAUUUUUGUUACUUAGAAAAUAUACUUAUCACAUUUAGAUUU